UGGCUGUGUUUGCUUGUUAUGCUCCCUUCUCAAUCUUUUUCUCCUUUUCCUGCAUAGCCUGUGAAGGAAAGUUGUAAACGAGAACCAGGAGGUGUUGGUGACGAAGACCAGGUUGGGUGGUGGGGAAGGGGGGGAGAGGAGUUUGGGAGAUGCCAUUGCCAGGUACCAUCGGUGAAGGCGAUCAUCCAUGGGGGAUCUGAAGCAGACGACCACCGACCUUGUAGACGAGUGCCCAACUGUCGAACAAGGCGGCUGCGCCGCUGAUGGCGGUGGUGGUACGGUUGAGGCAUCGCUUUCCUCAUCCAGCUCUCCCGCCAUCACCUUCCCGCAGCGCAAGGCACGGAAGCUCCUGAACUCAUCUGGGCAGAAGAGAGAGAACAGGAAGGCCAAGGCUGAUGCGAUCAUCGUGCCCCCUUUGAAGACCCUCUCUGAAGAAGGAGCCAUCGCGCUCGCAAUCCAGCACCUCAAGGCCUGCGAUCCCCUUCUGGGUCGGCUUAUCGACGUCCACCAUCCUCCCAUCUUCCACAAGCAGCACACGCCCUUCCACUCUCUCUCUCGCAGCAUCCUCUAUCAGCAGCUGGCCAUCAAAGCCGCUUCUUCCAUCUACUCCCGGUUCAUUGCUCUCUGUGGUGGUGAGAAUGGUGUCGUUCCUGAAACAGUGUUGAGGCUCAGCCCUCUCCAACUUCGGCAGAUUGGGGUGUCGGCGAGAAAGGCCGGUUAUCUUCAUGAUCUUGCGGCGAAGUUCUCUGGUGGUCUUCUCUCGGAUGCGACAAUAUUGGAAAUGGAUGAUCAAUCUCUUGUGUCUAUGUUAACCAUGGUGAAGGGAAUUGGCCUCUGGUCCGUUCAUAUGUUCAUGAUAUUUUCUCUGCACCGCCCUGAUGUAUUGCCGGUGGGUGAUAUGGGCGUGCGCAAAGGCGUGCAGAUUCUUUAUGGGCUCAGCCAAUUGCCCCAACCUUCUCAGAUGGACAAGUUUUGUGAUAGGUGGAGACCGUACAGGUCUGUUGGUUCUUGGUAUAUGUGGAGAUUGGUAGAAGCUAAAGGAACACCCAUGCCUUUGGAUCAACUUCCAAGGCUUGUAUAAACUAUGUGAGGAUUUCUCUUCCACUGCUUCACAUAAUCACUAAAAAUUGGGAGAGCUACUGAAGCAAAGGAUUACUGUUGUGGAAUGCUUCAACUUUGCCAACUAAAAGGAUCUCUACGUGUGUGAGCGUGAUCAAGGAGGAUCUGGUGCUUGGAUAUGUAUUUUUCCACAAACUGUUGUUAUUUGUUCCUUGAUUAUGUGUGCUUCUGUAGCGUGAGCCCAAUGACUCACUGUUCAUCAGGAGUCUGAGGUGUUCUUGGAAGUUGGAACUAUUUUAGGCCCCUCAUGGUCUUGUCAGCCAUUUUAUUUA